UCCCUCCCUCCCAAGAACAGGAGCCUUCUCCUUUCUUCACACUUUCCUACUCUGCCCUCUCUAUUAGAUAUAGUGGAUGUCCACACAUGACCAUAUUACUACCCCUGCUAACUGGGCAAAGAGGCAACAUUUAAACUAAGUGAUGGGCAUUUAGCAGGGGGAGAGCAAUGGUCUGUAAACUGCCCAGAGAUGCAAGUUUUGGGCAGUAUAGAAUUUUAAAAAAUAAAUAUAUUCAUCCCAGCAGAGCAGGCCCCCCAAUCUGUCUUUUUCAGAUUGUGAACCCCUUUGGGAAAAGGAAUCAUCAUCUCAAUCUUUUUCCUAGGUAAACCACUUUAAGAUCUUCUUUCAUUUGAAAGCAGUGUUCUAAAUAAUGGUUAAUGUCACACCCAUGGAAGUAUGUUCUGAGGGAAAGAGAAGCUAUUUUUGCUAAGCCCUUCUUCCCUCUGCUACACCAAUGCCCCCCCCCAUAUGGUUCUGAGGGUUGAGGAGACCUUUGGGGACACAUUUGCAGGGUGGCAUCGGAACAGCAGAGGGAAGGGGAAAUUGGUGAAAAUUACCCCUUCCUAAUUGUGCAAGCAGAACAUUCUAGUGCAAGUGCAAUGCUAGUUCUCAUGUGAACUCUGUUAGGUGCAAGGGGGACGUUUGCAAGGUGAGAUGACAUGUUGAUAGCAGAGAUACUAUCCACAAGUCCAUCAGUUGAAGCUAGCAAACCUGGCACACUAACUGCUGCUCUACACAGUUGCUUCAAAUUUUUCAUCCAGGGCUGAAUUACAGCACUUCUGCUUUGUUGAUGAUCAUUUAAAAUAAAUAAAUUUUUAAAACACACACAAACAACCCUUGAGAGUGGCCCUAGGAACAAGUCUUGUGCUGAAGUGAGGAGUCCAAUCAUAGCUUACAUUUUACAUAAUGCUGAGGGGUUAAUAAAGAAUUAGGGAUGCAACUUUUAUUUGGUCAAUCAUUAAAACCCUUUUAAACAACAUUGCCUAUUAAUUGAGCAACACAUCUAUAUAAGUGUUGAUUAUGUUUCAUAAACUGCAAAUGUGGGCGUUCUCCCUUCCCUCUCACACAGGAGGGGAUUAUUUUUUUCUAAGUAUAGAGGAGGUGUGAGGGGAGUAUUUUUCUAAGCUGGAACCUGCUGCAACAUAUACCUGCUCCAUCCAAAAACCAAACAAGCAUAUGCUUUUAAAAUCCAAAACUCUUGUUUUAUCCAUAUGUCAAUAUGUGCAGAUUAAAUAAAUUAAACUGAGCAAUUGUAACUAUCUGGAUUGACUAAUAUUUCUUUAUUUAGGUGACAGCCUUACUUCGAAUGAGAGGAUAACUGUAACUUCUUGGUGCUCAUAUCUAUGCCUAUAGAAGCAACCUGUCUGUUAAACUAGCUGCCAGCGCUGAUCAUUCUUGCCCUUUGUGGCUGAGACAAAGAGGUAGCUGCUUGUCUUUCCCUCUAAAGUACAACUGGGGAGGGCUGGCAUCACCAUGCGAACAUGGCUAGAAGAUGCAAUGGUGAGAACAGGUGGUGCAUACAGGAAGUGGGUGGCCACACCUGCUGCUCUGCCAGAGGAAGGGGCGGGGCCAAGCAACUGAGAGCUUCUCUCACAUUAGGGAGCAGCUGGUUUGAAGUUAAGCUGCAUGAUUGACCAUGAAUGCUAGUGGCCCAGGAUAUCCAUUAGCCUCUCUCUAUGUGGGCGAUUUACAUCCGGAUGUGACUGAAGCCAUGUUGUAUGAGAAAUUCUCUCCUGCUGGACCAAUCAUGUCCAUCAGAGUUUGUCGAGAUGUCGCCACACGCCGAUCUCUGGGUUACGCAUACAUAAACUUUCAGCAGCCUGCUGAUGCUGAGCGGGCCUUGGACACGAUGAACUUUGAAGUGAUCAAAGGUCGGCCCAUUCGUAUCAUGUGGUCCCAGCGAGACCCAGGACUCAGGAAAUCAGGUGUUGGGAACAUCUUCAUCAAGAACCUGGAUGAUUCCAUUGAUAACAAGGCCUUGUAUGAUACAUUCUCAGCCUUUGGAAAUAUUCUUUCUUGCAAGGUGGUUUGUGAUGAGAAUGGGUCCCGAGGAUAUGGCUUUGUCCAUUUUGAGACCCAUGAAGCCUCGAGCAGAGCGAUUGACACAAUGAACGGAAUGCUGCUGAAUGACCGCAAAGUGUUUGUUGGCCACUUCAAAUCCCGGCGAGAACGUGAGGCAGAGUAUGGAGCCAAGGCAAUUGAAUUUACCAAUGUCUAUAUCAAAAACUUUGGAGAUGACAUGAAUGAUGAGAGGCUACAUGAAAUAUUCUCGGACUUUGGAAAGACGCUGAGUGUCAAGGUCAUGAUGGACAACACCGGCCGCUCAAAAGGGUUCGGAUUUGUUAACUUUGAAAAACAUGAAGAUGCUCGGAAGGCUGUUGAAGGCAUGAAUGGGAAAGAGAUCAAUGGACGAAUGGUGUAUGUUGGCAGAGCUCAGAAGAGGAUAGAACGCCAGAGUGAACUGAAACGUAAAUUUGAGCAAAUCAAACAGGAAAGAGUGAGCAGAUACCAGGGAGUAAACUUGUAUGUAAAGAAUCUAGAUGAUGGGAUUGAUGAUGAGCGGCUGAGGAAAGAGUUCUCUCCUUAUGGAACCAUCACUAGUGCCAAGGUGAUGACCGACAGUGGACAUAGCAAAGGUUUUGGGUUUGUAUGUUUUUCCUCUCCAGAAGAGGCUACCAAAGCUGUAACUGAAAUGAAUGGGCGGAUUGUCAGCACCAAGCCAUUGUACGUUGCACUUGCUCAAAGGAAAGAGGAAAGAAAAGCCAUUCUCACCAACCAAUACAUGCAGAGAAUGGCCACCAUGAGGGCCUUGCCUGGCCCCCUCCUCUGCUCCUUCCAGCCACCUCCAAGCUACUUCCUGCCCUCCAUUCCACAGCCACAAACCAGGACUACUUUCUACAGUCCUAGUCCAGUUGCCCCUGUCCGUCCUGCCCCUCGCUGGAAUACGCAACCUUCCAGGCCAACUUCAUCCUAUCACUCGGCCACCCCAGUCCUGAGGACUAACGCACCUCCUAGGCGCCUGCUUUCCAACAUCAGCACUAUGAGACAGGCGUCCACGCAAGUUCCCAGGGUACCACCCCAUGCCCAGAGAAUGGCCAACAUUGGAACCCAGACUAUUAGUGCUCGGGCGCCCUCCUCACCAACCUUCUCACGUGGCAUCUCGCAGUACAAAUACUCCUCUGCCGUGAGGAAUGUCCAGCCCUUGGGCACAGUGACGCCGAUGCCAAUACAGCAGGUUGUGGAACCAGCUGUUCACAUCCACGGGCAGGAGCCACUGACGGCAUCCAUGUUGGCUGCUGCCCCUCCUCAGGAACAGAAACAAAUGCUUGGUGAACGCCUCUACCCCCUAAUUCAUGCAUUGCAUCCCACACUGGCUGGGAAGAUCACGGGCAUGCUGCUGGAGAUAGAUAAUUCUGAGCUGUUGCUUAUGCUGGAGUCACCAGAAUCGCUCCAUUCCAAGAUUGAGGAAGCAGUGGCUGUCCUGCAAGCACAUCACAUCUCGGAAGCAUCUCACAAGAGCAGCUCAGCCGCAUUCCUUCAGUGAACGAGGAAGAAGAAACCAGACACACAGACGUGCUGCUGCUUUGAUCAGAGGAGAACACAGCACCAACCUAGUGGUGCUUCAUCCACACGAUGUCAAGGCAUUUGUGCCUAAACCUAGUGGUCUUGCAAAAAUCUAGCCCUAUCUGAAUUACACUUUCUUUUGUGCACACAAGAUCCAGUGUCGUUACUUUUCCCACUAACACAAUUGUACUCAUGUUUUGUCUAAUAUGUAUGGUAUCACAAGUACUCUUCUGUUGGGGAACAUGUUGCAACAAUAUAAUAGAAUGCAGUGGAACAAAGCAGUUCCCUUGUAAUUGUAUUGAUUUUCAGCAGUUAAUUUCUCAGUGCUGGUCAUUUUUAUUAGCCUUAAAUCUUAAGCCACUGCUGGGGCCUGUAGCAAUAUUUUAUUUGUUCCUGCUGUUGACACGAUAAAGAGCUGACACUUCA